CCAGCAGACAAGCAUAACACAAGACGACAGGUAACUGCACUAGAAAGACACACUAUAUUCAACAACCAGUGGAAUACACCGUCAUCUGUGCAUGCAGCAAACAGACCACAGGUGUGUGCAGAGGCAUGCAAAGACAGACGUUCAGUUAUGACCUAAUGUCAGGGCCUCCUAAGUGCUGCAUCUGUCUGGAUGAGUUCACCAGCCCUGCUUCCCUCCCCUGUGGACACUGCUUCUGCCUGGGCUGCAUCGGCGAAUACUGGAGGAUCCAUGGGGCCUGCCAGUGCCCCCUCUGCAAGGCCAUUUUCCCCACCAGGCCACAGCUGAGAACGGACCAAACGCUGCGUGCCGACGCCCCCACAGAGGAAGCAGCUGCGCCUUUAAAAGCCGGAGAGGUUCCCUGUGACUUCUGCCCACGAAAGCACAGAGCAGUGAAGUCCUGCCUGGACUGCAUGGCCUCAUACUGUGCCGCUCACCUGGAGCCACAUUACAUUAAGCAGCUGAACAGGUUCUGUCGGAGCGAUCAAACGUGCAUUUGUGCCACAUGUGCCCAGACGGACCACAGGCGCCAUCACAUUAUUUCUAUCAACAGGGAAGCCAUAAAGAAGAAGGUUAAACUAAAACGGACGAGGGUGAAACUCCAACAAGCCAUCCAAGAGAGACUGAGCAAAGUCGAGAAAGUCAAGCUCUCCGCAGACCUCGGCGGAGAGCAUCCGAAAGAGUCACAGGUACAGAGCAAAGAUCUCAUCAGACAGCUGGAGGAGGAAAUCUCCGAGCUGCAGAGGAGGAGCUCUGAGCUGGAGCAGCUCUCGCAGACUGAAGACGACCUCCACUUCAUACAGAAAUUUCUACACACCGCUUCAACUUAAUGAUUGGACGAGCAUGACGACGACUGACCCUCAAGAGCGCCGGAACAACGUUUUUUAUUCUUUUCUAGAAAAGCCGAGCUGGAUGCCGUGUUUGCUUCAAAGGAACAACUCAGCCUUUUGGGGAAUAUUCUUUUUUCGCUGUCUGGUUGAGGGUUAGAUGAGAAGAGUUGGCUGUUUCCCAGUUUCCAGUCUUGAUGCUAAGCUAAGCUAACCAGCUGCUGGCCUUAUAUUGAAGACCGAUAUGACAGCAGUAUUGACCUCAUCUAACGUUUAAAAGAGCAAACACUGUAUGUGCAAAUGAAAUAUUAGUGAUUUGUACAAAUUUAAAGAAACAGUAAAUCUCAAGAACUACAAUAACUGCUUUAGACCAGUAAAUCAAAAUAAACUGAACUUUUGUGUUGUGGGCAUUAAUUGAGUAUGUGUAGCAUGAAUGUAACUUAUGCCUGGGUGGAUGAUGUAAUUUAUUUUUUUUGCACAAUGUGAGCUUACAUGCACUGUAUUUCUGUUUUGUUUCUUGGAAGAAUGAAUAAAAUG